AUGCGUCUUUUGGAAUACAACAACGAUGGCGAAUUCAGCCUGAUCGAUUUCGGUGUCGACAUUCCCGACUCCUAUGCUAUCCUUUCGCAUACAUGGGGAGCGGACAAUGAGGAAGUCACUUUCCAAGACCUGAUGGAUGGUACCGGCAAGAGCAAGGCUGGCUAUGAUAAGAUACGUUUCUGCGGAGAACAAGCAAGACGCGACCGCUUGAAAUACUCCUGGGUGGACACAUGCUGCAUCGACAAAUCGAAUCAUAGUGAGCUUUCCGAGGCCAUCAACUCUAUGUUUCGCUGGUACCACAAGGCGGCCAGAUGCUACGUAUAUUUGUCAGAUGUUUCGACAAAUGAUCAAGAUCAGAUCAACCCGUCUUUGCAGUCGUGGCAAUUAGCCUUCCGAGACAGUCGAUGGUUUAAACGUGGGUGGACACUUCAAGAACUUAUUGCUCCGCGCUCUGUUGAAUUCUUUUGCUCGAAUGGCAAACGACUUGGUGACAAGGAAUCAUUGGAGAGACAGCUUCGUGAUAUCACAGGGAUUGCGGCCCCGGCUCUUCGAGGAACUACCCCAUUAAUGUUUAGCAUCGAGGAACGAAUGACAUGGGCAAAACAUCGUCAGACCAGGCGUGAAGAAGACAGGGCUUAUUCCCUGUUAGGUAUUUUCGACAUCCAAAUGCCACUUCUUUAUGGUGAGGGCGCAGAGAAGGCAUUCAAUAGGCUUCACCGGGAACUUCAACAGGAGCUUUACGAGAAUACAAGGAAACGACACCUUGACGAAGUAGCACCUGUCACAAAUGCUACUUUCAAUAUCGCUAAACGAUUGAAGGAUUCACCCAAUGAUAGCAUCGAAGCCACCACAAAACAGUCUCUUAUCGAACAGUUGUACUUCACUAGAAUCGACGAACACCUAACAAGCUUAAAAGCCGCCCAAGCAACAACCUGCCGCUGGUUCUUUACUACACCCGAAUACGUAUCCUGGCACGAUGUGAUACAGCAAGCAGACCACGGUGGCUUUCUCUGGAUCAAAGGCAAUCCUGGUACCGGAAAGUCAACUCUAAUGAAAUUUCUCUUCGAGACCAGCAAAGACAACGCAAAAAGCGAUCGUUCGCAAAUCACGCUGUCAUUUUUCUUCCUCGCGCGGGGCACAGCCGAGGAGCAGUCGACAACGGGUCUUUACCGCUCUCUUCUUCACCAGCUUUUUAAGAAUGGGGUAGAUCUAAAAGAUAGUCUGGAUUGGAUGACAUCCGAUGGUGCGGAAAGUGUUGAAAGGAAUGGAUGGCACGAAGAAGCGCUGAAGCAGACGUUUACGCAUUCCAUUCAAAAACUUGGGAAUCGCUCGUUGAUGAUAUUUGUUGAUGCGCUGGAUGAGUGCGAUCAGAAUCAGGUUGUUGGCAUGCUUGGCUUCUUUGAGGAGCUAUGCGAUCGCGCGAAAGAAGCGCAAGUUCACUUGCAAAUUUGCUUCUCAAGUCGCCAUUAUCCGACUAUAGUUAUCCAGAAGGGUGUCGAAGUCACCUUAGAAAACGAAAUUGGGCAUACAGAAGAUAUCAAACACUAUAUCAAGUCGAAACUCAGGCUAGGCAAGUCAAAGCAAGCUGAGUCGCUUCGAUCCGAAAUCUUCGAAAAAUCUUCUGGGAUUUUCCUUUGGGUCGUCUUAGUUCUGGAUAUACUCAACUCUGAAUACCCCAAGAGCGUUAUUUCUAUCAAAAAAAUCCGUGGGAGGCUUCAGGAAAUCCCGCAAAAGCUGACCGAAUUAUUUGAGGUGAUUCUUACACGCGAUGGAGAGAACCUCGAACGGUUAAAAGUUUGUCUCAAAUGGAUCCUUUUCGCAAUUCGUCCUCUCAAGCCGCAGGAACUCUACUUUGCUAUCCAGCUUAGUCUCGACAAAGACAGCUCCACUUACUGGGACCAGGAAGAUGAAGAAUUGGACCAGAUAAAGGACUUUGUGAGAAGUUCUUCCAAAGGCUUAGCCGAAGUCACGCGGUAUAAGACCUCUCAAGUCCAGUUUAUCCACGAGUCCGUCCGAGACUUUUUACUAGGGAAAUACGGCGACCAAUGGACUGGAGACUCUGGGAACUUCGUUGGUCAUAGCCACGAAACUUUGAGGGAUUGCUGCUUGGCUCAGCUAAACGCUCCAAUAAACCAAGAUAUCACUAUACCAAACCCUUUACCGAAGGCUUCCGAGGCAGCACAAUUGCGGGAAACCAUCAGUUCAAAGUUUCCAUUCCUGGAAUAUUCAGUUCUUAAUAUCUUUGACCACGCUAAUAGCGCUCAGCGGAAUGCAAUGAAUCAAAGAAACUUCCUCGAGGAUUUCCCUCUUGAAAAGUGGAUAUUACACAACAAUACUAUGGAAAAGCACGACAUCCGGCGUUAUACACCAUCAGUUAGCCUUCUUUACAUCCUUGCAGAAAAAGAUAUGGCCGAUCUUAUUCGAAUCCAUCCUCAGAGGACAUCUUGCUUUGAGGUUGAAUCUGAGCGUUAUGGACUGCCAUUGUUUGCCGCUUUGGCCACAAAGAGUCAUGAAGCGGUCCAGACACUUUUAGAAGUCCAGGCAGCCGAAGCCCAGCCACAAAAGCCUUUACUUCACCAUCUAUGCAAACAGUACUCUGAAAAUAGGAACAAGCCCAGCAAUAUUAGCCGCGACUUUAAAUUUUCGCGGCAAAGGGGUGUUUCUUUUAGUGUCGCGGAGCUCGGCGAAGAGGUAAUCCUUGCAUUCCUUUGUGCAUUAGGCAAGUCCGAUGUCGAAUCGAAAGAUAAGUCCGGUCGAACGCUCUUAUCAUGGGCUGCAAAGAGCGGGUAUAAGGCAGUAGUGGAGCUAUUGCUAGAGAAAGGCGCUAAGCUAGACUCUGCAGACAAUUCUAGUCGAACACCCUUAUUAUGGGCUGCAGAGAGCGGGCAUGAGGCAGUAGUAAAGCUAUUGCUAGAUAAAGGCGCUAAUCUAGAGUGUGCAGACAAUAAUGGUGAAACGCCCUUAUUAUAUGCUGCAGAGAGAGGGUAUAAGGCAGUAGUGAAGCUAUUGCUAGAGAAAGGCGCUAAGCUAGAGUCUGCAGAUAAUUCUGGUCGAACGCCCUUAUUAUCAGCUAUACGAAGCUGGAAUAAGGCAGUAGUGGAGCUAUUGCUAGAGAAAGGCGCUAAGCUAGAGUCUGCAGACAGAUCUGGUCAAACGCCCUUAGUAUGGGCUAUAAUGAGCGGGCGGAUAGCAGUAGUAGAGCUAUUGCUUGAGAAAGGCGCUAAGCUAGACUCUACAGAUGAUUCUGGUCGAACGCCCUUAUUAUGGGCUGUACAAAGCGGGCAUAAGGCAGUAGUGGAGCUAUUAUUAGAGAAAGGCGCUCAGCUAGAGUUAAAAGAUAAUUCUGGUCAAACGCCCUUAUUAUCAGCUAUACGAAGCUGGAAUAAGACAGUAGUGGAGCUAUUGCUAGAGAAAGGCGCUAAGCUAGAGUCUGCAGACAGAUCUGGUCGAACGCCCUUAUUAUGGGCUGCAAUGAGCGGGCGGAUAGCAGUAGUAAAGCCAUUGCUAGAGAAGGGUGCUAAACUGGAGCAUAAAGAUAAUACUGGUAAGACACCAUUACACCUGGCCUCAAAGACGGGGCGUGUCGACAUGGUUAAGCUGCUGCUCGAGGGGGGAGCCGACGCGGCAGCGAUUGAUGGUGACGGACGGACGCCACUCCAGCUAGCGCCAAAUUACUUAUACACCGAGAUGGCCAAGCUGCUGGGCUAG